AGGGCGGCGCGUGUCCGCGGGAGGACGCGACGCCCGUGGACGCCUUUCUGCGCAGACUGGGCUUGUAUCGGAAACCGAUCGCCGAGGACGGCUCGUGCUUGUUCCGGGCCGUGGUGGAGCAGGUAUUGCACUCUCAGUCUCGCCAUGUGGAAGUUAGAAUGGCCUGUAUUCACUACCUUCGAGAGAACAGAGAGAAAUUUGAAGCGUUCAUAGAAGGGUCAUUUGAAGAAUAUUUAAAACGUUUGGAAAACCCACAGGAAUGGGUAGGACAAGUGGAAAUGAGUGCCCUUUCUCUAAUGUACAGGAAGGAUUUUGUAAUAUAUCAGGAGCCAAAUGUUUCUCCUUCACAAGUAACAGAAAAUAAUUUUCCUGAAAAGGUAUUACUGUGUUUUUCGAAUGGAAAUCAUUACGAUAUUGUCUAUCCCAUAAAGUAUAAAGAUAAUUCUGCUAUGUGUCAGUCUCUCCUUUAUGAAUUGCUGUAUGAGAAGGUGUUUAAAACUGAUGUUAGUAAAAUUAUGAUGGGACUAGACACUUCUGAAGGAGCAGAUGAAAACAGUAGUGAAAUAUCAGAUUCAGAAGAUGACACCUGCAGGAGUAAAAGUACUGCUGCUGCUGCUGAGAAUGAACUUAAACCUUUGUCAGGCAAUGAGAACCCAGAGAACAGUGAGAACUCUGCUGGCUUUCCUUUGUCUAGAAAGGUUCUUAAGUCACUGAACCCAAAAGUCUAUAGAAAUGUGGAGUAUGAAAUUUGGCUGAAAUCAAAGCAAGCUCAACAAAAACGUGAUUAUUCCAUUGCUGCUGGACUACAAUAUGAAGUUGGAGAUAAAUGCCAGGUUAGAUUGGAUCAUAAUGGAAAAUUUUCUAACACAGAUUUUCAGGGUGUUCACUCUGAGAAUGGACCGGUUUUGGCUGAAGAACUGGGAAAAAAACAUGUACUGAGGAACCUCAAGGCCCCUCCCCCAGAAAACUGGAAUAUGGUGUCGGGAAAGAAGGUGAAAAAGCCUAAUUCUGGACAGAGUCCCCAUUCAGACACGGACUAUAGAGGGCCAAAGAAUCCAAGCAAGCCAAUAAAAACCCCAUCAGCACUACCUCCUCGACUGCAGCAUCCUUCAGGUGUGAGACAACAUGCAUUUUCUGCUCAUGCUUCAGGGUCCCAGUCACAGAAAUCCUCCAGUGAGAAUAAGACUCUUAGUAGAACACCCUCACAGCUCCUCAGAAAACCUGAUCGUGAAAGAGUUGAGGAUUUUGAUCACCUGAAUCGUGAAUCUCACUAUUUUGGCCUCUCCCCAGAGGAACGCAGAGAGAAGCAAGCUAUUGAAGAGUCUCGUUUGCUGUAUGAGAUUCAGAACCGGGAUGAACAGGCUUUUCCAGCCCUUUCUAGCUCAUCAGUCAGUCAGUCAGCUUCUCAGAGUAACAACUCAUGUGCCCAGAGAAAAUCUUCACACGGAAGUGACAGGAAAGGAAGCAGGCGGAGAAUGGACAUAGAAGAGCGGAAAGACAGAGACUCCAUACAUGUGCAUACUCACAUGGAUAAAAAACCUGAGCCAAACGCAUUGGAGAAAACUGGUGAUGAUAAAUGUGCAAGAGGAUCGUCACCACCAAAGUCAAAGCAAAUAGAGUGCCCAUCUUCUCCUGUAGAACAAAAGCCAGCAGAACAUCUAUCUUUGUCAAACCCAGCUCCCCUCCUAGUUUCUCCAGAAGUACAUCUCCCUCCUGCAGUGCCUUCUUUACCAGCCACUGUGCCAGCCUGGCCAAGUGAACCUACAAGUUUUGGACCAACAGGUGUCCCUGCUCAAAUUCCUGUUUUAUCAGUGACACAGACUUUGACCACUGGACCUGAUACUGCUGUGUCACAAGCUCAUUUAACACCCUCGCCAGUUCCUGUGUCAAUACAGGCAGUUAACCAGCCCUUAAUGCCUUUGCCUCAGACAAUGAGCCUUUAUCAAGACCCACUGUAUCCUGGGUUUCCUUAUAGUGAAAAGGGAGAUCGAGCCAUUGCACCACCUUACUCACUGUGUCAGACUGGCGAGGACCUGCCUAAAGAUAAGAACAUUCUUCGAUUCUUCUUCAAUCUUGGUGUAAAGGCAUAUAGUUGUCCUAUGUGGGCCCCACAUUCUUAUCUGUAUCCUCUGCACCAGGCCUAUAUGGCAGCCUGCAGAAUGUACCCAAAGGUCUCAGUUCCUGUGUAUCCUCAGAAUUCUUGGUUCCAAGAAGCUCCUCCUGCACAGAGUGAAAGUGAUUGCACAUGUACUGAUGCACACUUUUCUAUGCACCCUGAGGCCAGUGUUAAUGGUCAGAUGCCACAGGCAGAGAUUGGACCUCCGGCGUUUUCUUCACCUCUAGUUAUCCCUCCAUCUCAGGUGUCAGAAAGUCAUGGACAACUGUCUUACCAACCUGAACUUGAAUCUGAAAACCCUGGGCAGCUUCUUCAUGCUGAGUAUGAAGAAUCACUAAAUGGCAAGAACAUGUACCCACAACCUUCCUUUGGACCUAACCCUUUCUUAGGUCCAGUUCCCAUCGCUCCUCCUUUCUUUCCUCAUGUUUGGUAUGGGUACCCUUUUCAGGGAUUUGUAGAAAAUCCUGUAAUGAGGCAAAAUAUUGUCCUAUCCUCUGAUGAUAAAGGAGAAUUAGAUUUGCCCCUGGAAAAUCUGGAUCUGUCUAAAGACUGUGCUUCUGUCCCAGCAGUUGAGGAAUUUCCAGAAACCAGAGUUGAAGGUGCACACACUCUCUCUGAAGCAAGUGUGAGCAGCAAGCACGAAGGCCAGGUGGAACAGUCGUCCCAGACACGAAAGGCAGAUAUGACUUUAGCUGCUCUUUCUCCUGGAGCAGAGGAAAAGGCUCAUCUUCCCACUCAGAUUUUAAACAGAGAAAGAGAAACUAUGCCUGUUGAGCUUGAGCCUAAGCCGACCGUUCAAAAUCUGAAAGAAAAACCAGAGAAAACAAAAGAUACCAAGACUGCUGCUGAUGUGGUCAGCCCUGGGGCCAACUCUGUGGAUCGAGUGCAGAGACCAAAGGAAGAGAGUUCAGAAGAUGAAAACGAAGUGUCCAAUAUUCUGAGAAGUGGCAGAUCCAAGCAGUUCUAUAAUCAAACUUAUGGAAGCAGGAAAUACAAAAGUGAUUGGGGCUAUUCUGGUAGAGGUGGAUAUCAGCACGUGAGAGGUGAGGAGUCCUGGAAAGGGCAGCCUAACAGAAACCGGGAUGAAGGCUAUCAGUACCAUCGAAAUGCCAGAGGACGCCCAUACAGGGGAGAUAGGAGGAGAUCAGGGAUGGGAGAUGGCCACAGGGGACAACACACUUAGUGCUUAUUGCUCAUACUGUAGAGCAGAAGGCUUUUUUAGGUGGUAUUUCUGAAGGCUUUAAAAAUGACAUUAAAAUAAAAACCCAAAUUGGAACUAUGUCCUCCCUUCUCCCUGUACCCUUGUACCAAUUCUGGAUGAGAUUGUGGAUAUGAGUUUAAGGGAUAGGUGAAUUUCUGGCGUUGUCAUUUUCCUUAUUCAAAAUUUGUUGGGUAACUGGCCCAUAAAAAGUAAACAUGAGUUUAGUAUUUUUUAUAAACAGCUCAGAUCAUAGACUUAGUUUUUUUUCUUUUGUAAGUUUGAUUUGAAAUGUUGGAAAUGUGUGCUUUUUAGUGUUGACUUAAGUCACAAGAAAAUAAACCACUCAACACACUAUAGAUUCCAAAACAUAACAUUGCACCAAAUAGAAAUGUAUAUUUUAUUAUGCAAUGCCUUAGUCAUAAACUGGGCUCAAACAUUUCUCAGCCUAAAACACUGUUGUCUUUUAAUAUGCUUCCAACCCAAAGGCCUUUCAUCUCAGUAUCUGUCAAACUUGAAUAAUUGUCUUCUCUUUACUAUUACACACGAGGCAGCCUAUUAACCUGUGUCUUAGAAUUGUUGUAUAUAGUUCUUUUAAUAUUCAUAGGAUAUAUUUUUGAAUUUUGGUGAGUAUUUGUUGAACUUGAGAUUGCAUACAAGAAGAGAUGUUUAAGAAAUAGUAGGAAAUCCAGUGAAAUGGCUGUUCCCAUCAAGAAUCCUUAGCACUGGUUUAGUAUCAUGGUGCCUACUCGAAAGAAAUGUAGAUGCUAUGCAUUUUGAAAAUAAUCUGCAUCUGUUAGAAUUGCAGAGUCUUUUUUUUAAUGCCACUUUAACACUAAUGCACUGACAGAUUCUAAAUAUUUUGUGAGAAGAAAUGUUAAAUUUUUUUUAGCUUGAUAGCUUCUCUAGCAAGUUAGUGUUUUGUUUACUCCUUGCACCAUUGGUUGUGUUUUUUACUUUACAUUUGCAUGUUCAACUUGUCAUAGCUGGAAUUACUGUACAAAAAGAUGAUUGUAUCUUCUAGUUCGUCUCUGGAGGAUGCUGCUAGAAAAUGACUCUGCUUUGCAUUUUGUAGCCCGUUACUCAUGGGGAACGUCUCACCCUGCUUCUUCCAGUCUCCUGUGUUCACUAGAGGCUCCUUUGCAUGUUGCACUCUGUUCUCAUUUGGAGAUGGGACUCUGAAUUAACACAGUAUUCAUGCAUCUGUGUUAUUUUGUAAAACUAACUGUAGCUUGUUUCUUAUUUGUACAUACCAAUGUGAAAAUUUGCCCUUUUUUACGUUGAGAUUACCUUUUGAUCAGGAAGUUUGAGUGCUAUGCAAAUAAUAUGGUAGUGAUUUUUCUUUGCAUGUCAUGUGUAAUGUACCUAGUCGAAAGGAGAUGUGGCUUUUAUUUUGGGGGGCAGAUACUUUAAAAGCAAAUACAAUUCACUUGAAUUUGACAAACUGAAGUAGACAGGUUUUCUGGGUUCUGUGAUAACUUGUGGGAAUGAUUGGAUGUCAGCUAGGUUCAAUGUCUCCACUGUACUGUAAUAAUGGUUGUUUACCUCUGUACUGUUUUAAUUACCCUAAUGUCUCUGUGACUGCUGAUUUGAAUAGUGAUUAGCAUUUAGAUAUUUUGUAACAGGAUUUUAGUGAGCACUUUGAAAGAUAACAUUUUAUUAUGAUGGUGCUAGGAAAAAAAUUGUAUAGACUGGGACAUUGCAGCAAAAAUUCUUGACAGGACCCAUUGAGUUUGUUGUCAGUGUCUAAGUCAGAAUGGUUGUAAGAGGUUCUGCUUAAGCCAGUGUUGUAGUAUCAAUGGCUGAAUUAUGUAUGGCAUAAGAAAUUUAGAGGAUCUACUUUUAGUUCAUGGUUUUUUAUGUAGGAUUAGCUUGUCCAGCAAUUUUUAUUAUGAAAAUCACCUUUUGAUAAAUACCAGAUUUAAAAUUUUAGUUUGAUGUUUGGUCUCAGGAGUCCAAAAGAAGUAGCUCUUUCCAAUGUCCUUCAUGUUAUUAUUGACUGGGGUUUGAUCUGUUUGUGGAAGUGUUUGAAAAUUGGAUAGGGAAGAAAUACUGUUUGCUUCCUGUCACUCCUAUCUUACCUCAAUGAAGUAACAGUGCUCCAUAGCUCCUGAGAGAAACACUGAUUUGCUUCCUGUUUCCUCAUCUAACCUUGAUAUUAUGGAUCAGUGGUGAAAGAGAAUUCUAGCAUGUGGUACUUUUCUCAGUGACCUCUGUAGAGGAACUCUGACUUUUGUAGCUACAAAUUAGCAAUCUUUGCAUAAGGUGAGUUUUUUGUUAGGUAUGUUUUUAAAUGUAUUCAUCCAGGGGAUUUUGCCUUAUGCUGAGGUCAAACUAGGGCCAAGCAAGCUUUUGUCCUUCAUACUGUCAGAGUACAUGUUGGCAUAUCGCUAGAUGAGAACAGUGACAACUGAGUCAUUUGUACUGUAAUUGGGAAUCAGCGACACCUUGUGAUCAGAUACAUUUUGAACAGAUGCUUAAACUGACCACUGCUCACCUGUUUUGCUUUAGUUGAAUUUCAGCUCAGCCUCUUUCCUCUCAGUAUUGUCUGUCCCUCAUUUCCCCUCAAAAUUCAUUUUCCAUUUGUGUUCCUUGGCCAGCAGGAUGCUGGCCAAUGUGUAUCCUUGCGCUGUUUCGUACACGUCCACUUCAUGGCAGAACUAAGCUCAUACUCUUGUCUCUCCAUGAUAGGAGUAGGCUUUUCACAAACCGCAGUGCUGAGGCAGUUUAUUUGCUGGAAACUACUUGUGGAGUGUGGUGUUUCCUCUGAAGGGUGAAUUAAAAUGCCUGUGAACUGCAAACUUGCUUGCGAUUGAUUUGGUGCAAUAAAGUUCCUUUCUAAACAUUUCUGGUUUAGAAAAUACUCAGCCAUCUUAGAAACUAGCAAUAUUUAUUUUUGCCUCAUUUAUUUUACCUCCAGUUUUAGAUGAGGUAAACUGUUUCACUUGUGGGUACUAAGUAAGGUCCAUUCUAGUGUAGCAGAAGAGAAAGCAGAUUUGGCUAUACUUUUUCUGUUUGUUGUAUUUUAUGUCUAAAUACUAUUUUUAUUUUUUAAAAUCUUAAUUAUGGCUUCUAGUAUGUCAGUUUCAAAAAAAAAGUUUUCCUAAUCAAUAUUGGCCAUUUACUUAUUAUUCUCCCACUAAUUGGGACUUUUUUUUUUUUUAAAAAAAGAUGUUCCUUCCUCUGAAAUUUACAAGUUUUAGAAAAUCCUAGAAGAGGGGUGGGUGCAUGUCUUAAUGCUGAGAAGCAGCAACUUUGGGGUUGAACUUACUUGAAUGGAUUAAGAAUUGCAUUGUUACAGAGCUAGAAAAAAUUUAUGUCUGAAAAAUACUAGCCUUACACUGAGUACAAAUAAUACUUGUAAGCAUGUGAAGAUGUGAUUUGUGAUGUUACUUGUAAAAAAGUGUCUAUACAUAUCUAUACAUAUCUUUUGAAGUGUUGAAAGGAAAAUAGUACUUUAUAUUCUUUAUCAUAUCACCUUUUGUAAGUGUUGAAUAUAUUCCUGUUUAUUUUUCUAUGUUCUGUUUUGUAGCCUUAAGAAGUGUUUCAAACUCUCUGAAUGUAUAAAAUAAGAGUGAAUGCCCUACAUGGUGUGAUGCUGCAUUACAUAUAAAACUGUGCAUAUAUUCAAUUUUG